CUCUCUCUCUCUCUCUCUCUCUCUCUCUCUCUCUCUCUCUCUCUCUCUCUCUCUCUCUCUCUCUCUCUCUCUCUCUCUCACCCCAGCACCCCUCUCACUCUUCAUGCUGUCUGUUUCCUGCUACCUGUCAGCUCGGAGUCUCUCCGUUCCAGUGGCUCAGUCACAGCGCACAGUGCACGGAGCCCAAGAGUCCAACACCGAACCCACCGAAACCAGCCGUUUUCAGUCCUCCGCAAGGCAGCGGAAAGCCCAGCCCUGGAUUCAAUACUUUUAAUCAAUGGACAGAGCCCUCUCAACGGCCAACCGAGGUACCGACACGCCAUAAGCAGUCCUUAUCCUCUGGCUGGUGUUCCCCCUGUGGUGUGGAGGGAGAUGGAGCGAGGUGGAGGAGAGAGCCCUCAUUUGCGGGAGAGCCCAGAGCGACGUGGGAGCAGCAGUCCUGAUAUUGGCGGUCCGCCACAAAAGGUGGGCCGUCUGGAACUUAACGGCAGUCCCACCGGACACUGCAGUCGCCAUAAUGGGGCCCCUCAAAGACCUCUCGGAGGACUGAUGAUUCCAGUCUUCUGUGUGGUGGAGCAGGUGGAUGGAGGGAUGAUAUCAGAACGAGAGAGCCGUGAGGAACAUGCAGAGUUUGUGCUGGUCAGGAAGGACAUCCUUUUCACUCAGCUGGUUGAGACGGCGCUUCUAGCCCUGGGCUACUCUCACAGUUCUGCAGCCCAAGCACAUGGCAUAAUAAAGGUAGGCCUUUGGAACCCAUUGCCCAUCCAUUGCCUAACAGAUGCUCCAGAGGCAACGGUCGCUGAUAUGUUGCUGGAUGUUUACCACAUGGUCACGCUCCGCAUCCAACUACAGAGCUUUGCCAAGCUGGAGGACCUCCCAUCAGAGCAAUGGAACCACGCAACAGUGCGCAACGCCCUCAAAGAACUGCUGAAAGAGAUGAACCAGAGCACCCUGGCAAAAGAAUGUCCACUCUCUCAGAGUAUGAUCUCCUCUAUUGUGAAUAGUUCCUACUAUGCUAAUGUUUCAACUGCCAAGUGCCAAGAGUUUGGUCGCUGGUACAAGAAGUACAAAAAGAUUAAAGGGGAUUAUUUGUGGCAAGGCCGAGAAAGUUCUGAAAUCAAGGUUGAAAGGGACAGUCUCGCUGACUUCUGUAUAUCAGCACAGCGUCCACCCCCUCACCUGGCUGGACUUGUACAACUUGGUCCAUUAAACAGUGCCGGCUCUCUGUUAAAAGGCAGUUCUGGAGAACCUCAAAAUUCAGCCCAGUCUCAGCCUCCAGCCCAAGGGCAGCCACAAACCCCAUCAUCUCACGGACAGCUCCAUCACAGUCCACCACUACGAGCACAGGUGCCUCCUCCACCUCCGCCUGCUGCCCUGCAGCCUCUUCUGGCACCAGGGGGACUUCUCUCACCCCAACUCAGCCCACAGCUGGUGAGACAGCAGUUAGCCAUGGCUCAUCUUAUCAACCAGCAGCUGGCCGUAAGCCGACUCCUGCAUCAGCACCCGCAGGCUCUUAACCAGCAGUUUCUCAAUCACCCACCCAUCCCUCGGCCUAGUAAGUCCGGUGGCCCUGGAGAGCCUGGAUCCAACCCCUCAGCAGCAGAAGUAUCCUCUGAAAUCUACCAGCAGGUGCGAGAUGAGCUGAAAAGGGCCAGUGUCUCACAGGCAGUGUUCGCCCGAGUUGCCUUCAACCGUACACAGGGCCUGUUGUCAGAGAUCUUGCGGAAAGAGGAGGACCCACGCUCAGCCUCUCAGUCCUUGCUGGUGAACCUCAAAGCUAUGCAAAACUUUCUCAACUUACCUGAGAGCGAGAGGGACCGAAUUUACCAGGAAGAGCGAGAACGCAGCAUGAACCCUCCUGUGAGUCUGCCCCCAAGCACAAACCCCAGCCCUGGUGGCCCCCGCCUCUCUCAGAAAGUGUGGGAGCGCAGCAUUGAUGAACAAUUAACCCCUGACGCGUGGGCAUCUAUUUGGAAGAACAAGACAAAAAUCACAAACUCGUCCAAGGCUUCUGGUCCUAACCCUGACCUUCCCCUGAAACUGGAGCCACUGGUUAACAUCACCUCAGGCAUCUAUGACGAAAUCCAGCAGGAGAUGAAACGGGCAAAAGUAUCUCAGGCACUGUUUGCCAAGGUUGCAGCCAACAAGAGCCAAGGAUGGCUGUGUGAGUUGCUCCGCUGGAAAGAGAGUCCCAGCCCAGAGAAUAGGACUCUCUGGGAAAACCUUUGUACUAUCCGGAGGUUUCUGAGCCUACCACAGGGUGACAGGGACCUGGUGUAUGAGGAAGAGUCUCGCCAUCACCACAGCGAACGCCUGCACACUGUACUACACUUGCCCUCUGACCCUCAUACACUUCACAGACAACCUGUGCAGCCACUGAAGGACCACUCUCCAAUCCGAGAAGACCCCGUGCCCAGUUCUGGAGCAGAAGAGAACCCUCAGUCUAGUGCAGGUUCAGGCAACAGUGGAGGGGUUAGCAGUGUCACCAAGAAGCCUCGCUCCCGCACCAAGAUCUCACUGGAGGCUCUAGGCAUCUUACAGAGCUUUAUCCAAGAUGUGGGCCUCUACCCUGACCAGGAAGCAAUCCACACACUUUCAGCCCAGUUGGAUCUUCCCAAACACACCAUUGUGAAGUUCUUCCAGAACCAGCGCUAUCAUGUCAAGCAUCAUGGUCGGCUGAAGGAGCUGGGAGCUGAAGGAAGUGGCGUAGAUGUGGCAGAAUAUCGUGACGAAGAGCUGCUCUCCAGUUCAGAGGAUGCAGAGUCCAGUGAAGAUGGUCAUGAGGAGAUCUACACUGGGCAUGAGAGUGCAUCAGCCGGAGCAGCCAACCCUGCCUCAACUCCAGCUCCUUCUUCUGGCCAAGAUGAGAGUAAAGACAAAGGGCUACCUCUGGGGAUAACCAGGCCCAACUCCCUGUCCCCAUGUGGUUCAUCUGCCAGUCCCCGAGAUCAAGUAGAAUAUCAGAGAUAAAAGAGCCUCAGCAGAGACAAUAGGUGGUGAAGGGUAGGAGUGAGCACUUACAAUUAUUCUGUAGAGGAGGAGAGUGAGUAGCGGACAGCUUAGAAACUUACUGACAAAGAGACACAGUGUUCUUUGAGGACCUGUCUACCAAACCAGACAAGAUCUGAAUAUUGUUUAAGGUGGCACACACAUUGUUGCUGUAGAAAAAUGAGCUGUGAGGUAUGAGCCAAGUAUGCCAGGAGUAGAUCACAAGUUACUAAUGGGAAUGAGAUGGUCCAAAAGAAGUCCAUAUAGCAUACUACAAGGAAAUAAUUUGGUUUGUUUGAAAAUGUUCAUUUCUUAGUUAAAAGAAACUCAAAUUUACAGUGAAGGCAGGUUAUUAAUAUCAAGUUUUAGGAAAGCAAUCAAACUAGCAUGAUAAAACUGCCAAUGUGGCCAGUCUUUUAAUAAGUUCUUAAUGAAAUAAGUUCUUAGAACAAGUCACACAUUUUUUUAUACUCUGACAUGGAGACCUGAGGGGCUCUUUUUCAAGAUACCACUAUCCAUACUUCCUUUUCGCCUCUACAAGGUUAAAGACAGGGACAGAGCUUUAGAAGAGACAUGGUUUUCCAUUACACCAACAUCUUCACUGUUGCCUGAUCAGGGAGCUAAAUGGGUGGCUGUGGCUAUCCUCAUCUUCCCCUCCAUGAUGGGGCAUUCUGGCUGUCGCCAACUCGGAACUGUGUUUGACUGCUAAAGUGGUUGGUUGGGUUGGAGGUACAGAUGAGAUCUUGGGUGAAACACAUAAACCCAGCCCAUGAACCCUACUGUAAACACAUGCGGUGUGCUGAAAUGUCCACAGUUAGCCCAGUAUCACUUUUGAAGAUUGCACCAUCCCUCCCACAACCAGCCACAUCAUUCCAAGCAGUCCCACAUUAAAUAAAUAAUUCCCUUUACCCCGCCACCCAUGCACACCCAACUCAGACUCCUUGCAACCUCCCGAUCUGUCACUCCUGUCCAAUGGCUGAGAACUUGCUUUAUGCAAAUACAUUUAGAUCAUAGAGUUUUGUCCCAGUUGUGCUCUCUCAGCACUUAAAAAGACAGCGAGAAGAAAACAUAACACAUAUUGGCAGGAGGACAGACUGCUAUGGACAGAGUAAAGGACAAUGGUGAAGAUGCAGUCUAACUGCAUCAGCCUAUCUCUGAUCUAGUGGAACAUGCAAACAAUUUCCAGCAACUGUCAACAAUCAGGCGCUUGUGUGGAAGUGUUGUAGUCCUUCUCUCUUCUGUCACCUCCCACAUUUCUCUUUCGUACAGACUGGUGCCCACAAUGUCCUGACCUCCAGCACUAUUUAUUGCUAUCUUCACCCACAAUUAUUAUUGUUGUUAUUUUUAUUAUUGUUAUUAUGUUUGUCCUUGCUGUUAUUUUUAGUUCUAUGUUCAUGGUCUAAUAUCAGCUUUUAGCUUGCAGCAGUUGUUUUGGUAAUGAGAGACGUUUUUGAAAAAAAGGAACACUACCAAAAUAGAGCGGAAAGAAUUGGAAGCAGUUACUGAAGUUACUGAGUGAAUCAUGUGAUAUAUGCUGCCAAUUCUAUCAACAUUAUGUACUUUUCCAAAGAGAACAGCACUUAUUUUAAUAUAUGAAUAUUAAAAUGAGAGAGAAAAAUUAUCAAUGGAAUUUAUGAUCUUUUUGUGCAUAAAAUGACAAUCCUUCUAUUGAGCCAAUCAGAACUCAGCAAGCAUGAACUCCGUAUUCUGAUUGAAAUGAUAAUGAACUUAAUAUGACAUGGCGCAACAUGGCCACCUGUUGCAAAAUGUCCAUGACACCAAGGCAACACUUAGAUCCAGGGUUCUGAUUUUGCUUUUGAGAAUCAGCUGCUACCUGCUCUUUCACAGAUAAUAGAAAAAUAUUGUUGUUAAUGCUAUCCCUUAAACUAUUUUUAUUUCAGACAAGUGAUAUUGUGGUCUAUGUUCAUAUUUUGUCUAUUACAAAAGGAAAUGUUUUAUUUAGAGUCUUUAAUGUGCAAAAUGAUGUGGUUCUUAAAAUUACUUUGAGCAUCCUGAAUCCUUCAAAUAGACAUUGUCCACACCUGUACAUGUCUAUAAAUAUCAAUACAUUCCAGCAGAGUAUUACUUUAAAAUGGGUAUCCACAUAUUUCUAUCAGACAGUAAUAGAAGAUGGCAUCCAAAUUACAAUGACAAAUUCCUCUCUCUGUUGUCUAUGUGGUUUCUGUUGUCUAUGUGGUUGUUUUGUAAGCAUAAAAUCUUAACAUGUCAUCCUCCAUAGCAUGGAUCAUUUGUACAUUAAUACAAAUUCUCUGGCACUCAGCAGAGGCCAAGCUGUGUGGCUGUGGCCAGGCUGCCUCCCUCACUUCUAAUUAAUUAAAGGCUAGUGUAAAGUCUCAAGGACUGGAGUUCUCUUACAAGGCAUGCAGGAGUGACAAUAAUUCACAUGGAAGUGCUCGUGCUAACAGAGCAGUCAAGCUGUUGCACAAAAGCCUGCUGCGUUUCAAACUCAGAAAGCACUGACUCCUUGCAAACCUCAGAUUAUGUGGUUCUUUGCUGCUCACCUCUCCAGAGAGAUUGAAUUUUCCCAGUCAUUUUCUGUCCAAUUCACCCAUCUGCAUCAAGUAGCUUUCUUAUGUCAAUAUAACGUUAAGUGAGUUGCUUAAAUGUCCUCCCUUCCCCCUCUUUUACCCUGAUCAAUCGAAGCAAACUUUAUGCUCAAUCAUUGGUGAUUUUACACCCUAUGACCUUCAUCUCAUCUUUCAUCUUCAUUUCAGCCUCCCUAAAAUCGGUGAAUAUGUGUCUCAUUUCAUGUUUUCAGGUUAUUUAAAUCUGAAUACCCCUAUUACCAGUCAUUAAAAACCUGUAAUCUAAUCAGAAAUCAGAGUAAAAUGCAAACGAAUGUGCCAAAUGUAAAAUAGACCUCUAGUGUGAAAGUGACAUCAGUUUCUAGCCUGAAGCUGGCAUCUUAGAGAUGGUUGAGAGUAAAUAUUUGUGACCAAGUGUGGAGAAUGUGUUUUCUAGAAUAUCAUACCAAAACAACAGUCACAGGGAAAUUUAUUUUGGCCCAACAUAUUCAUCAUAUAUUGGGCACAUAGUUGAAAUUCUCAGAUUUCAAACAGUCACAAAAACACCUCCAUAGCUCUUCUUUGUUUUUAAAUGGAACAAAUGCUGAACUAAUCUGACACAUGGUCUCUUAUUGCUUUUGAUACUGGAGUCAUGAAAUGUUGGAUACCUGCAGGUUUUGCAAAAGGUUUUUAGUAACAUGGUAGUGAUUGCCUGCUUGAUCUACACCUUACUUAAAGCUGUCAAUCUUCUGUCACUUUUCAAGGCCUGCCCCACACCUUUCAUAACUCUCCAAGCAUCUUCUCAGAUCCUGUCACCCUGCCAAGCCCAUAUCAGCUGGAGCAUUUUUGAUGAGUCCAUCCCUGUAUACUUCUCAAAUAACCCUCAUAAAUGAUGAGAGCAUAUACAGGGACGUGUCUGUGUGUCCUAGACUGGUGUUUAACCUGCCGUGGGGGUGGCAUCCCACUCAGCAUGAGUGAACACCACGCAGUUCUCUCCUCCAUCACCUCCUCCUCUCUGCCUUUUUAGAGAUAGAGAAGCUGAGGAGAAAACAAAGAAGAUUCCAAGAGUCCCUGAUGAGCACUCGGUCAAGGUCACUUCCCAAUUAUCCAUGUCUUUCAAUUUCAUUCUGUCUUUUCAGUUCUCUAUACCAUCUCUCUGUUCCCUCAUUUUCUCAUUCUCUAGGUGGGAAUGUAAUCAUUCUCUCCCAUGCUGUGGUGUCGAGGUUAAGUGGAGGUGAUCAUGUCUCCUUGUGGAGUAGUUCCUUAAGAGACAGCCAACUCCCAGAUUGGCAUGUCUGAGAAGUGGAAUUGAAGACAAAGGCUUGGUUAGAAUCUUGUAGCCCGAUUUCAGUCAUUUGCUCUGUAUCUGAUCGUCUACAAAGCCAUUCUACCAUUAGGAUGAUUUUCAAUGAUUUGGGUAGAAAAUUCAAAAGCUGAAGGCCUCCCUGUAUUUGCUUUAACGAACACUUUCCCAUUAUUUAGACAUUAAUACUGUAAAAACAAUUAGAUAUAAAUGUAUGACUUGGAAAUUAAAUGUACAUGUACACAAGAAAAAGACAAAAUCUGACAGAAACAUAUUAUAAGCAAAAGCCUGCUUUAUCACAUUUCCCCUACCCCACAGAUUUCUGAGAAAGGAUAUUCUUGCUCUUGUAUCUAGGCCUAAACCUUCAGUUUAUCUAACAGUGCCUCUGAACUAAGCACAAUGCUCCUGUUAUUUGCUUUGGAGAUGACAAAAUUUGAUGAUCUCAUAAUUUUCAUCAUUGUUUUCAUUGUUUUUGUACUCGUUAACGCCUACAAUGUGAAUCAGGAUUGCCACUCCUGAAUUGGUACUUUCCUUGUCAAUUGAAUGCAUUGUCAUUAUCACUAAGUGAUAAUUAACUUAUGUGCAUCAUUUGGCUCCUUUGUUUGUA